AUGAUCGGUGCCAUUCCCAAGCGAGUCAAGUCUUAUCUAGAAAUGGGUGUCUUCGUGGAAGAGGAGGAAAGGAGACCUGAAGCAGCACCAGCAACAGAAGUUUUUUCACUUUUGAAUAAACUAAACAAGUCAAAGGCAACUGGUCUUGAUAAGAUUAGGUUCAUCCGGGAAUGCGCAGAUCUCAUUUGCAUCCCUAUUUGUGAUAUUUUUAACCAAUCUAUUAGUUCUCGCGGAGCGAGCGGCCAAGAGCGAAGCGAGUUUAUAAUUUUGUCGCGCGCGCAAAAAUUACAAAAUCGUGCUACACGCAUAAUAACCUUUCAAGGUUAUGACGUUCGUUCAGCACAAAUACGAAAACAACUAAACUGGGAAGAGCUUGCCUCAAGGCGUCAAAGGCACUUAAGUCUAUUAAUGUAUGAUUCAGUGAAUGGAAAUAUACCUAGUUACUUAAGCGAUCUUUCCUCGAAUGUCUGUGAGAACAACCCUUAUAAGUCUAUGCCAAGAAAUACGGAAUAUAAUAUUGUACUGGACCACGUUCCAAAAACAGAAUGUUAUAAAGGGUCUUUCUCAUACAGAGGAGGAAUGCUGUGA